CACAACAUUCAGUGUUUCCAUUCCGGUAAACAACAAAGCAGUGAUUUGUUUUGAAUAUAUAUUUUUCAUCUAUAUUGUGUUCCAAACGUAAAUUUUUAUUCGUUGACAUCUUUUUCCGCUUGUAUUUUUACAUGAAAAUAUUCGAGACAAAAGAAUGUUUCAACCGAUGGUUAAUUUGCGACGGCUAACACAGCGUCAAAUUGCUGAUGCAAUGCAAGCAAAUGAUGACGAUGAGAGUUUGGAUGCCGAUUUUGCUGACGAAGAAGAAAGUUAUAUCGAUGACCUCACCGACAGUGAAGAAGAUCAUCAAAGUAAUUUUGAAGAGGAUAGUGAGAGCGAGAGCGAGAACGAAGACAUGAACGUUGAUGAUGAAGAGGUAGAAGAAAGCACCGUGUUCACUGGCAAAGACGGAACUGAAUGGGAGCACGAGCCGGUUCAAUGGGCACGACAGCAACGCAAUCCAAAUCGAUCAAAAUUGAUGACGGUCACAAAAGUUCCUGGUCAACAUUUCGAUAGUCCUUUCGACUAUUUCAACGCAAUUUUUUCUCAGCCAGUGAUCGAUAUGAUUGUACGUUACACAAAUAUUGAGGGCCGUAAACACAAAGCAAAUUUCAAAGAUGUCGACGAUAUUGAAAUUCAUGCAUUUAUUGGUUUACUGUUUGCCGCCGGUGUUGAUAGAUCAAGUAAGCGGAAUUAUCGUGAAUUCUAUGGAAUUACACGAGGAAUGCCAUUGUUUCGUGCAACAUUGUGCUUGACACGUUUCAUGGAGUUGCUACGCUUUUUACGAUUUGAUGACAAAGAUACACGUUCGGAACGGCGCAAACAAGAUAAAUUGGCUCCAAUUCGGGACCUUUUUGAUAUGGUUGUGAAGAACCUAGGAAAAAUGUAUUCACCAGGAGAAAACGUGACUAUUGAUGAACAGCUAGUGCCAUUCAGAGGACGAUGCAGUUUCAAACAGUAUAUUCCGAGCAAACCUGACAAAUACGGUUUGAAAAUUUUUUGGUUGGUAGAUGCCAAAAAUUGGUAUCCACUAAAGGCAAUUCCGUACCUUGGUCGAGAACGUUCUGGUGCUGCACGUCAAACAAACAUUGCAAAAAACAUCGUUCUCAAUUUGUGUCAACCAUAUUACAAGACGAACCGAACUGUUGUGUUUGACAAUUUUUUUUCAAACUAUGAUACGCAAGCAGAGCUGCAAACAAAUGGUUUGUACAGCGUUGGUACAGUUCGUAAGAACAAAAAGUUUGUCCCGCCUGAAUUCAAACCAUCAAAUGAACGUGAA